UACAAUAAGUAUGAACAAGUAAACAUCAAAUUGGUUUUAAAUAAGUGGGCCCUGAAUUGAAACUCUCUCGUUAUUUGUUUUUGUGCUGUUCUCUACUUUCCCCCAAAAGAAAAAAAAAUAUGUCAACUUAUGUUAUAGUUUUUGAGUAUCAUUCCAAAACAUACCUGGGAUGUCUGUUUUCUUAUGUAGUACCAAAGUUUCUAUACAAUGAAGAAUGAGUCUUGGUUAUACUAAAUUUAGAGAAUCAACUUUCUGUUAUGUCGUUUUACUCAAUUGAAGAUAGUGUUGGAAUUGGAAGCACUGUAAUUCUCAACACUGGCAAAGUAUUUAGAUCAAAUAGAGAAAAGUCAAUAGAGUAGGCUUUUUAUGUAUUCUCAUUUUUUUCUUAACACAGGGAAUACAUUUAUUUCCAAGAAAGUUGACAACAAGAAGAAAAAGAAACUUAAGAAGGUGGAAGAUAAGAUGCUUGGAUGGGGUGGUCGUGAUGAUGCAAAGUUGUCUAUUCCAGCUACUAUUGUUCUUCGUUAUAUGUUCAUGCCUGCUGAAAUGAGGCAAAAUGCAUUGCUUGGAGUGGCUACAAAUGAUGAUGGAAAGAAAGUGGAGGAAGAUGCUAGAUAUCCACCAUGGGUGCAAUGUUGCCUGAAAUCUCAUUAUCUAGAUAAAUUUGAUAUUUGGGGAAGUCGACAGUAUCGAAUAUUUGGCACUAGAUUGGUGGUUAUUAGGAUAGAUACUCAUUGUCUUGGAUGUUGGUUGGAAAUUGUAUAGCAUGUUAGUUUUACCAUGUGAUUUAAGAUUUAUUGAUUUAAGUUUUUGGGUCUUUGUCUCAUGGGAGCUAUAAUAUAAUUUGAUGACAGUGUUGAAUGUUUUAAACUAAUUUGUGGAUUGUUAAUACAAUGUUGAAUGCUUUUUA